AUGUCGUCAUCAUAUUCUUUAGAUAAAAUCAAUCCGAAAUUAUUGAGAAGGAUUUAUCGAGCAUGUAGACCAACCAAUGAUGAACCAAACUUGGCAUUGAAUUUAGAGAUCUGUGAUUAUGUCAAUGCGAAAAAGGGUUCGGCACCACGAGACGCUGCUAUUGCUGUUGUUAAAUUGAUUUCCCAGCGUGACCCACAAACCAGUGAAUUGGCCAUUGCAUUAUUAGAUAAUUUGGUGAAAAACUGUGGCUAUCCGUUUCAUUUACAAAUCCUGAGAAAGGAAUUUCUUAAUGAAUUGGUUAAGAGAUUCCCAGAAAGACCACCUUUGAGAUAUACCAGGGUACACCGAUUGAUUUUGGCACAGAUCGAAGAGUGGUAUCAGACUAUUUGUCGCACUUCUAAAUACAAAGAUGACUUUGGCUAUAUUAAAGAUAUGCAUAGAUUAUUGUCUAACAAAGGUUAUGUUUUCCCAGAAGUGAAAGUUGAAGAUGUUGCUGUGUUAAAUCCUAAUGAUAACUUGAAAUCAUUAGAGGAAUUGCAACAGGAAGAGUCAAUUGUUCACUCUGCUAAAUUGCAGGAGUUGAUAAGAAGGGGUAGACCUCAAGAUUUACAAGAGGCUAAUAAAUUGAUGAAGAUUAUGGCAGGCUUUAAAGACGAUAAUGUUAAAGAAAACAAAAAACAGAUUAAACAAGAUAUCACAAGAUUAACAAGAAAAGUAGAGAUUUUAGGAGAAAUGUUAACUUCAAUUGAAAGCCAAGGGGGCAAGAUUGAUGAUUCGUCUGAUGAAGCUAUUAUAGAAUUAUAUUCCUCGAUUAAGAGUUCUCAACCCAUAAUCAACAAAAUGAUUGAACAAAGCAGUGAUCAUGACGACAAUGAAGAAGAUGUAAACAAAUUAUUAGCUUUGAAUGAAAGUGCAAAUAAUGUUAUCAACAAAUUCCAAUUAUUAAAAGGUGGCAAUGUUAGCGAAGCAAGCAAGAUUAAAACUGGAAGUGCCUCACAAGAAUUGAACUUGAUUGAUUUUGAUGAUGCACCAGAAGAUGUUUCAGCUUCAAAGGAGCAAGGUUAUACUGAUUUAUUGAGUGACUUGUCCAAUUUGACCUUUUCGGAGAAUAAUAAUUCAACCUCUAUGUCCAACAGUACCAAUGUUAAUCCGCUCAAUUUAUAUGGUGCUGGAGGUUCAAUUUCAUUAGGCGCUGGAUCUGGAUUCCCUACCGCUUCAAACACUCCAUCCAUACAUCAACCAACUCCAUCCGUCGCCCAAGGAAAACAGGUUUCUUCAUCCAAUUUUGAUUUGUUGGCAGAUUUAAACUCUCCUUCACCUCAAUUACAAUCGAAUACAAACUCGUCAUCAUUAGACCCAUUCGGAUUACAAUUCCCAACAACCACACCGAGCCAAGUUACUGGACAAGGUGACGGUUAUAUUAAAAUGAUUCCUAUUAAUCAAACGUCAAACUUGAAAAUUGAAAUUGGUGUUAAAUCGUCUUCGGCAAACUCAUUGAAAGGGAAAAUUUUGUUUAGUAAUUUACAAACUUCAACCAUUUCCAAUUUGAAAUUCUUGAUUGCUGUGCCUAAAAGUUGUAAAUUGGAAUUGCGUCCACAAACGAGCGACACGAUAUUUGGAUUUAAUAAUCAUGGCAUACAGCAAGACUUUAAUAUCGAAAACCCGUUGAGUAAACAAUUGAAAAUCAAAUGGAAGGUUGAAUAUCAAAUCAAUGGCGUGGCAAAUGAAGAAAAUGGCGUCAGCGUUUUAGAAUAG